GCGAAAUGAUCAACGAUGUAACCGAGAGUACAAGUGAGAAUGCCACAAAUCAACAGCUUCCUCCUCACGCUUUUGAACUGUUUCUUGUUGACACUCAAAUGACAUUAAUUGAAUCAUGGAAUCGAGAAUUAAAAAAGCUUCCUUCAAAGGUAUCCACCAAGGAUCCAACUCCAUGUUUAAAGGUACAACUUCAUAACGCUCCUUUUCAGGAGUUAUUGAAAACUCACCAGGCCGAGUGUAUGGUUUCACCCGCGAAUAGCUUUGGCCUAAUGGAUGGUGGUAUAGAUUACUAUAUCUCUGAAUAUUAUGGUGGUGUGGAUAAACUUAUACCAUUAGUGCAAAAGGGAAUAGAUUUAGAAUGGUGUGGUGAACAAAAUGUUGGUACUUGUUUGUUGGUGGAUGUUGGAGAAUUAGUGGGGGACUCGAACUCGGCAGAUCAGGGUAGAAAAAAUCUUCCACGCUAUAUAGCUCACUGUCCCACAAUGAGAACUCCCAAGGCUUUAGAUACCGAGGAUGACAUUGUGUACAGGUGUACAUGGGCUAUGUUAUGUGCCGUCAGAAGUCAUAACGCGAAGGUACUUGCCGGAAGUACCAAACACCAGCGUAUAAAUGCAGUUAUAUGCGCGGGAUUUGGAACUGGUGUCGGCGGAUAUCCGGAAAAGCUAUGCGCCAAACAGAUGAUGUUGGCAAUUAGGAAUUUUAUAGAAGCACCUGCGAACACAGGUCACCGUCCGAAAACCGAAUCCGAGGGGACUUGGGGGAGUCUUUGGUUAAUACAUUGGUCAUACGCGAGAAAAAUAGAAAGCGCGGUCAGUGCACUGUUUCGUAAGGACCGACCAAAAUAA